UUCAAAAUCCGCAUCUUCGCUCUCUCCCAUCCCAAUUAUUCAAAAUUCUAUCUUCUACCUCUCGCCCCAACGGCUACUUCAACUUCCUCUCUCUCUCUCUCUCUCUCUCUCGAUCCACCAUCAACAAAAAUGAAGCACUUCAUGCUGCCCAAAAACGCGAGCCUAAGGGACGCUUCCGCCGCGGAGCUCCCCAAACAGAGGCCGAACAACUCUCGGAAGCACAAACCCUCAAAAGAGAACGACCCUCCCUCAGAUCCCAAUAUUUUCGCUGUCGCCGCUUCCGAUUCAAAGCCUUCGCCGGCCAAAUUGAAGAGCCCCCUGCCUCCAAGACCUCCUUCUUCCAAUCCACUGAAGAGGAAGCUCAGCGCCGAUGCUUUUGCUGACAACUCGGUCCCCACCGGAUCCUCCGAUUCCGGUGUUAGGGUUGUUGUGAGGAUGAGGCCACUGUGUAAGGACAAGGAUGAAGAGGAUCCUAUAGUUCAGAAGAUCUCUGAUGAUUCGGUGUCGAUCAAUGGCCAGACUUUCACCUUUGAUUCGGUUGCAGAUAUGGAAGCUACGCAGCUGGAUAUUUUCGAGCAUGUUGGGGUGCCUCUGGUUGAGAAUUGCUUGGCUGGUUUCAAUAGUUCAGUGUUUGCUUAUGGACAGACUGGGAGUGGAAAGACUUAUACAAUGUGGGGUCCUGCUAAUGCUUUAUCGGAGGAAAAUGCAGCCAGUGAACAACGGGGUCUUACACCCCGUGUCUUUGAGAGACUAUUUGCACGCAUAAAUGAAGAGCAAACUAAGCAUUCCGACAAACAACUCAGCUACCAGUGCCACUGCUCUUUUCUUGAGAUAUACAAUGAACAAAUCACGGAUCUUUUAGAUCCAAAUCAAAGAAACCUACAGAUAAGGGAAGAUGUUAAAUCUGGUGUUUAUGUAGAAAAUCUUACGGAGGAGCAAGUGUCAACGAUGAAGGAUGUAACUCGGCUUUUAAUAAAGGGAUUCACAAACAGAAGAGUAGGUGCAACCAGUAUAAAUUCUGAGAGUUCUCGCUCACAUACUGUUUUUACUUGUGUUGUUGAAUUUCGAUGCAAGAGCUCGGUAGAUGGUACAAGCAGAUUUAAAACAAGUAGAAUCAAUCUUGUUGAUCUAGCUGGAUCAGAAAGACAAAAAUUGACUGGUGCUGCAGGGGAGCGUUUGAAGGAAGCCGGCAAUAUCAAUAGAUCACUCUCACAGCUUGGGAAUCUGAUAAAUAUUCUUGCAGAAAUUUCUCAGACAGGAAAGCAGCGCCAUAUACCAUAUAGAGACUCCAGGUUGACAUUUUUAUUGCAGGAGUCUCUUGGAGGAAAUGCAAAAUUAGCAAUGAUUUGUGCUAUUUCUCCAGCACAAAGUUGUAGAAGUGAAACUUUCAGUACACUGAGAUUUGCACAACGUGCCAAAGCUAUCAAGAACAAGGCAGUUGUUAAUGAAGUCAUGCAGGAAGAUGUCAACCAAUUGCGAGAAGUGAUACGACAAUUAAGGGAUGAGCUGCAUCGAAUCAAAGCAAAUGGUUACAAUCCAGCAGACUCAAGUGGAGGUCAUUCAGCAGCUUGGAUUCGAAGAAGCUUGAAUUUAUUACAGUCUAGCCUCAGUCGGCCACUACAAUUACCUUGCGUUGAUGAAGAUGGUGAUGAAGAGAUGGAGAUUGAUGAGGAAGGUGUUCAUGACCAUGAUGCUGUUUCCUGCAGUGCCACUAUGUUGGAUAAUUGCAAUGUUGCACAAAAUGACAAGGAGCAGGAUAUGGGUAAACCCUGUGAUGAUAAAAAUACUCCUAGUUGCUCUAGCAGCAGAUGCCUUAAUGAAAAAUCAUCCAGUUCAAUAGUAAGAACCAGUUUCUCACUUCCUGUAGGUGAAUCCAUAGGAGAUUUUACUGGUUUUUCAGCCCCUAAAACGUCCAGUGAUUCUCCUAGUGCUACAAUGGAUUGUGUCACCCCAGAUAGUCUCAGCAUAGUUCCAUGUGAUUCAUCCCUAUUACUUAAAUCCCCAACUCUCAGUAUUUCUCCUAGGCUCAGCAGUGGAAGGAAAAGUCUGCGGAUGUCAUCAGUGGUCUCCCUUUCCGAGAAUGACCUUGAUGUUGAAAGUGAGAUGGGAAUUAAAACUGAGAAUCAGAAAAGCUCCUCAUCUGCUGCCUUUUCAACUCAGACAGCUCCAAAUUUCCUUUCUAAAACAGAAAACUUAGCAGCAAGCAUACGCCAUGGUCUUGAAAUUCUUGAUGGCCAUCGUCGUAGUGCUGCUUUGAGGCAUUCAUCAUAUAGGUUUUCAUUACUACCAACAGAAUCCAGAUUAGUUGUUCCAGCUAACAGAGUUGAUGUGGGAGUGCAGACUUUUCUUGAUGAUACUGUCAAAGAAGAUUCUUCUGUAUUCACAUGUAGUAAUUGUAAAAACAGAAUGCAAGUUGAUGCUGAUGAAGCUGAUAAUAACUCAAACCUACAGUUGGUACCCGUUGAUUGUCCUAACUCAAGCCUAGAGUUGGUACCUGUUGAUAACCUUGGGUCCGCUGAUAAGUCGAAGAAGCAUGUUCUGAAAGCAGUAGAGAAGGUUUUGGCAGGAUCUAUAAGGAGAGAAAUGGCACUUGAAGAAUUCUGUGCAAAGCAGAACUAUGAGAUAAUGCAGCUUAACCGCUUGGUGCAACAGUAUAAACAUGAGAGGGAGUGCAACGCCAUAGUAGCACAAACAAGGGAAGAUAAAAUUCUUCGCCUUGAGAGCCUCAUGGAUGGUGUUUUGCCCUCUGAGGACUUCAUGGAUGAAGAACAUCUGGCCCUUGUCCAUGAACACAAGCUUUUAAAGGAGAAGUUCAAGAAUCAUCCCGAAGUUUUGAAGAUGCAGAUAGAGUUAAAAAGGGUAAGAGAUGAACUAGAACAGUAUCAGAGUUUCUACAAUUUGGGUGAGAGGGAAGUGUUGAUGGAAGAAAUACAAAGUUUAAGAAGCCAGCUUCAGUUUUACGUUGAUUCUUCAUCUCAAUCUGGAAGGAAGCAAUAUCCCCUGUUGCAGUUAACUAGUUCCUCCCAACCUAGGUUGUCAGCAACACUCACAGCCAUCCCAGAGUCAACAGAUGAGAAAGCUGAAACAGACGAAAUUCCAGAGUCAACAGGGGAGGAGAGGGCUGAGGCCAAUGAAAUUCCAGCAUCAUCAGAGGAGAGCUCUGAAGCGAUACUUGAAAGAGAAAGAAUUAAAUGGACUGAGGCAGAAAGCAGAUGGAUUUGUCUUUCUGAGGAAUUGAGAGCUGAGCUUGAAUCUAACAGAUUGCUAGCUGAAAAGAGGAAGCAGGAAUUGGAUGCCGAGAGGAAGUGUAGUGAGGAACUUCAGGAAGCAAUGCAUAUGGCUAUAGAAGGCCAUGCAAGGCUUCUCGAACAGUAUGCAGAUUUGGAAGAGAAACAUAUCCAAUUGCUUGCGAGGCAUAGAAACAUUCAGCAAGGAAUUGAGGAUGUCAAGAAAGCAGCCUCCAGGGCAGGAGUAAGAGGUGCAGAGUCUAAGUUCAUAAAUGCCCUUGCUGCGGAAAUUUCAGCAUUAAAAGCAGAAAGAGAAAAAGAAAGGCGAAUCCUAAGGGAUGAAAACAGAGGCCUUCAAUCCCAAUUGAAGGAUACUGCUGAAGCAAUGCAAGCUGCAGGUGAAUUGCUUUUGCGGCUUAAAGAAGCAGAAGAAGCUGUCACUACUGCACAGAAACGGACAAUGGAUGCAGAACUGGAAGCUACAAAGGCCUAUAAACAAAUGGAGAAGCUUAAGAAGAAACACGAAAAGGAAAUCAGUGAACUCAAUAUUCAGCUCAAAGAAAUGCGUGCGAAAGAAUUGAUGCGACCAGCCUAUGAUGAUGACAUUGUAAUGCCCAUAUAUGAUGAGCCACAUAGUAGUAGUGUUCAUGAUCUUGAGCACUUUGAUAAUACAGAGGAUGGGGAGUUUGAAAAACUAGCAGAACCAUCAUGGUUCUCUGGCUAUGAUAGAUGCAACAUAUAGAAGAGAUAAUCAUACCUUUUUUGUAUGUCACUGUUACAAAGUUUGUUGAUAAAUGAUUGUAUUCUAUUCUUUCGUUCUUACUCUUUGUGAGCAUAAAUGAGUUUGUCUCUUGCUUGCUCUGAAGAGAGAUUUGUGUAAUAGAAAUGUGACUUUUACAUGUCUCAUGUCUGAUGUGAUAAUCAAAGGCCCUUGUGAUAUGUAUCUAUGUAUGUAAGAGGUUAUGAAAAUGAAUGAACCAUGAGGAAGCAACUGUACCAACAUAUUAAAUAUUGAAAGGGAUU